AUGUACCAAAGCCAGUUUCUGGAACUUCGGCAGAGACUAAUGUAUGCUGAAAAGGAAAAUAAAAGAAGAUCACACGAACUGAGCAGUGCCCUAGAUGAAAUCAGACGUGCAGUUGCAAAAAGAGCAAACUUGACUACAAAUUAUACAGAUGAUAUGCAGUGGAAAGCGUUAAACUUCACCCGAAAACUCCCUGUGCAUCUUACAAACCUGUACUACUAUCUACCUCACCUUCAAGAAUAUGAAGAUGCCAUUUUCCCAAAUGUUAUUUUUGGACAACAGAGAACUGGAGUCUCACUGGUGAUGGGUAUUCCUACUGUGAAAAGGGAAAAACAACAUUAUCUGAUUAACACACUGCAUUCCCUGCUGUAUGAACUUUCUGAAGAGCAAAAGAACGACUGUGUAAUAAUCAUCUUAGUAGCAGAGGUGAAUGCAGAAUAUGUUCACAGUGUUGCAGAAAGUGUUAAAAGCAGCUUCCCCAGAGAAAUCCAGUCUGGAGUCCUAGAGGUUAUUUCUCCUCCUGCUUCUUAUUAUCCAGAUCUUUCCAAUCUGAAGAAAACAUUUGGAGAUUCAGAGGACAGAGUAAGGUGGAGAACUAAACAGAAUUUGGAUUAUAGCUUUUUAAUGCUAUAUGCCCAACCUAAGGGAACAUUUUAUUUACAGCUGGAAGAUGAUAUUAUAGCCAAACCUGAUUAUAUUCAAAGCAUAAAAAACUUUGCUGCUCAACAGUUCCAGGAGUGGAUGAUUCUCGAGUUCUCCCAGCUUGGAUUUAUUGGAAAGUUGUUUAAGUCAGAAGACUUGCCAUUCAUAGUGGAAUUUUUUCUCAUGUUCUAUAAAGAUAAGCCCAUAGACUGGCUUAUAGACCACCUGCUCUGGGUUAAAGUGUGCCAUCCAGAAAAGAAUGCAAUACACUGUGAAAAGGAAAAGGCAAAGUUGCGUAUCCGUGCUAAACCAUCUCUCUUUCAGCAUGUGGGAAUUUAUUCAUCAUUGGCUGGGAAGAUACAGAAUUUGAAAGAUACAGAUUUUGGAAAAAAUAUACUACAUAAAGCACAUAAUAAUCCACCUGCAGAAGUGGAUACAAGCCUAAGAACAUACCAGGAAUAUACCUUGGAAAAAGUUUAUAAAGGAAAAGACUUUUUUUGGGCUUCAGCUCCAGUGGCAGGGGACUAUAUCAGCUUCACCUUUUCAAAUCCACUGAAAGUUGAAAAGUACUUCUUCAAAAGUGGAAACGUGGAGCACCCUGGUGAUAAACUGUUUAACACCACCGUGGAAGUGUUGCCAGCUGAUGAAAUGCUAAGAAAAGAACUGGUUGACAGCAGAAGUAAAUUUAACUACCCAGCAACGAAAGACGGAUAUUUAAAAAUAGGGGCUUUUGAAGAUGGGAUUGCAGAAGGCAGUAUCAAUCAGUCAAUAGGAAAAAUACAAGCGAUUCGUUUAUCAAUCAAUUCUGAUUCCCCUGUGUGGGCAAUCCUUAGUGAGGUACUUAUCAAGACAUCCGAAAACUGA